UGUUCUUUAACAGGAGUCGAAUGCUUCAUUUUCGCCCCAAGCAGAGAGGGGAGAUAAUCGACUGUUCAUCGUCUUCCCCCAUUCGAAUGAAAGCAGAGCGGCGGCGACUCAGCGGCAAAAACCUCUCGAUCCCGGCGGCAGCGUCUUCUUCUCUUCCCCCUCUCCGGUCAGUUCUAACUUUAGCGUGACGUCCCUUCUCUGUGAAACCAAAGCCGGACUCGAAGGAAGGUCACUGUCCAUCAUCCCCAACCUCCGAACAGAGCAAGAGAAACGGCGAACGGAACCCCUCCCUUCACUGAUUUUUAUUUCUUUUUCUUCCUCUCUCUUUCUCCCUCUCUUCUCCGUUCUUUUUUUUUUUUUUUUUUUUCAUUUUCACAUUCCAUACACCGCUGUGAGUCUUUCGUUCGUCAUUCACGCCGGCUGAGAGUAGAAGAAACGCUGGUGUGUCGUGUUAGCUCCAACAUACAUUCUGCUCAUCAACUCUGAAAAUCUGUAUCUCUCAUCAACUGAAUUCUGGCUUAUACUAGAUGGCUUGGUUUUUGAUUGCCAUGUUAAUGAUUUUACUUUGGGUAGUUUCUCUGUGCAAAGUUCUUCAUGCAUCUUCUUCUGCAUCCAAGGUUGCAAGCUUUUUGGAUGCAGGUGGAUUUACUCAGAAGAAAAAUAUCUUGCUGGUUAUUGCCCACCCAGAUGAUGAGUCUAUGUUCUUUUGUCCAACUAUUCUUUACUUCAUGUCAAGAGGAUAUAAUUUUCACAUUUUAUGCAUGUCAACAGGUAAUGCAGAUGGCAAGGGAAACAUUAGAAAGGAAGAGCUUUACCAGGCUUGUCUUGUCCUCAAGAUUCCACGCCAUCAAGUGAAGAUCAUAGACCAUCCAGAUUUACAGGAUGGAUUUGAGGUGAUGUGGAGCCAUAGCCUACUGUCAAGUAUUAUCCAAGAUGAAAUUGCAAAUCAGAACAUUGACCUCUUAAUUACUUUUGACAAUUAUGGAGUUUCGGGUCAUAGGAAUCACCGUGAUGUGCAUCAUGGUGUAUGUAGGACCUUAUAUGAAAGACCGCAUAGAGAUAUUGAAGCUUGGGAACUUCUUAGUACAAGCAUAAUUCGAAAGUAUAGUGGACCAGUGGAUUUGUGGUUGUCAGUCUUAUAUGCCCACUAUUACCAAAGAGGACAAAUGCAUUGCUUGCUUAAUGAGAACCCUUGUAAAAGCUUCCUUGUAAUGUCACAGCAUGAGAGCCAAUGGAUCUGGUUUCGGAAACUGUUUGUCUCAUUCUCCAGUUACACGUACGUGAAUACCCUCAGAAAGAUGAUCAUUUAACAUUUUGAGUUUAUACACUUCUGUUUGUCGGAAGGCUGACAAAUGGAGGUGAGGGAAUUGUAAGAAGGUUUGGCUUCAAAAAAUCUGUAAUAGUUAAGGCUAAUGGUUUGAAAAGAGGUCAAUGGAUAUAAGAUUAGUGUUUUCGGUGAUUGCCUUAGUGUCAUCGUUUACAUGAAGUUUGACGAUAAACUGUUUUCAUGGCAAAUUCAAACAACUAUUUUGGACGCAAGGGAAACUUCUUUGAAUCAUUCCAUUGGUGUCUUUUUCAACA